AGCAUCUGCGGCUGCGUCACCCGGAAACGGAAGUAGCGAGGUUUCCAUGGCGGCGGUUGUGGUAGCCGAGGCGCCUGUUCUAUGGAGGCGGCUUUUAGAUUUUUUGCCCCGGGGAAGGCCUGCUUUGGCCGCGCUGCUUGGUCGGCUGUCGGACCGUUUGACUCGAGGUCGUGAACGCCGCGCACGCAGGUCAUCAUGGCUGUUGUUGGCUCCACUAUUGUCUCCUACUGUUCCUCAGUUAACGGCUCCACCUUGUUGCCUCUGCCCCGAGGGAUCCCAUAAGUUUCAGUGGAUCAGAAACUUUGUUCCAGAGUUUGGGAUUGCCAGUUCCCGUGUCAAAGUGCUUUCGUCCCCAACUGAAUUCUUUGAACUUAUGAAGGGACAGAUAAAGGUGGCCAAGAAGCGAGUGGUCUUAGCUUCACUCUACCUCGGAACAGGACCUCUGGAGCAGGAACUAGUGGAUUGCAUUGAAACAGCUUUAGAAAGAUCAUUGCAGGCAUGCGGUUCUUCCAGCCUCAGAGUGUCCAUUCUGUUAGACUUCACAAGGGGAUCCCGAGGACGAAAGAAUUCUCGGACCAUGCUCCUUCCACUCCUGAGGAGGUUUCCAGAGUGGGUCCGUGUCUCUCUCUUCCACACUCCAAACCUGCGUGGUCUGCUUCGACUCUUAAUCCCCGAGCGAUUCAAUGAGACCAUUGGGCUUCAGCACAUCAAGGUUUAUCUCUUUGAUGAUAAUGUGAUCUUGAGUGGGGCCAACUUGAGUGAUUCCUACUUCACCAAUCGUCAGGACCGCUAUGUGUUCCUGCAAGAUUCACCUGAGAUCGCUGACUUCUUCACUGAGCUAGUAGAUGCUGUCGGAGAUGUUUCCCUACAGUUACAACCAGAUAAUACAGUUAAAGUUAUGGAUGGGAUGGUCCAUCCUUAUCAAGGAGACAAGAUGGCCUAUUGUGAAGCAGCAAACAAAAGAGUGAUGGAAGUGAUCAAUUCCGCAAAGACACGACAAGAGUUGCUUCACGCUCAGACUUUCCACUGCAACCAGACAGAAGAUGUCGCACUGUCCAAAGAUCCAGAGGCAGUUGGAGACAGGUGGUCUGAACCAGACACAUGGAUUUAUCCACUAAUACAGAUGAAACCUUUUGGAAUUCAGAUAGAUGAGAUUGUCACAGAAACCCUCCUGAUGGAAGCGGAACAAGGUGCCCGUGUGCAUCUCACCACAGGGUACUUCAACCUCACGCAGGCCUAUAUGGACCUAAUUCUAGGCACAAGGGCAAAGUAUCAGAUUCUCCUAGCCUCGCCAGAGGUGAAUGGGUUCUUUGGGGCCAAGGGGGUGGCGGGUGCCAUCCCUGCAGCUUACGUUCACAUUGAACGACAGUUCUUCAGUGAAGUAUGCUGUCUGGGUCAGCAAGAGAGAAUUCGACUGCAGGAAUAUUCCAGAAGUGGGUGGACAUUCCAUGCAAAAGGCCUUUGGUUGUACCUGGCAGGAAGCAAUCUACCCUGCUUAACUCUGAUUGGUUCCCCUAAUUUUGGAUACAGGUCAGUUCAUCGGGACCUGGAAGCACAGAUCGCAAUAGUGACAAAAAACAAAUCUCUGCAGCAACAGUUCCAUCAGGAACAGGAGGAGCUUUACCUGCGUUCUGGUACUGUAUCUGCCUUGACAUUUGAGCAGCCUAAUCGUUAUGUCAAGCUGUGGGUGAAGAUGGUAACACCUUUGAUUAAGAACUUCUUCUGAAAAAGGUUGAAGGUCCAGACAUAGGUGGGGCCUCGCAUGCGUGUCUUGUACACAGGACACUCGUACAUGUUCUUGAUAUCCAUGCGAUCUACGGGGAUGGCUCUGAUGAAGAUGACGGGUGUCGGCGGUGUCAGCUCUUUCAGCCGUGCAUCAGUGAUAACACCCGUCUGAGUAUCCCAGCGAGCACCUGCCGUGGAAAAGAAUUCUUGAGACUGUGGCCUGCUGAUCCAUCCCAGAGGAUGCUUCGUUUGCAACAAGUGCUAAGGGAGGGAGGGAGCCCAGCACUGCCCACCUUCUGUCUUUAGCUGCAUGGCUAAAGGCUAGAUGCUUUGGCUUGGGGUGUACCUUGGGUGCUAGUAAUUUACUUAAGCAUUCGGCAGUGUUACAGCCAUAAAAGCUGGAUUCGAGCUGUGCCCUCGCUUUUAGCCUGCAGCAAGGUUCUGAUCAGUGUUUCUUUACUAUAGAAAACUGUGUUCCUCUUCCCUCUGCAACUCCCUUCUUUUUAGACCACUAGGCAAUAGAAACAUAAGUUCAUUGUCUAUAUUUGAUUGAGAGCAAUGAAUGGUCAGGCUUUUUCAGCCUCCUUUAAAAUAAUUGUUACUAGGCACAAAAAAAAGACAUUUAUCUUAUGUAUUACAUCCCAAGCCUUAUCUACACUUUGAAAAGGGAAGAUUUGAACCAACUCCAUCAAGCCAUUCCCUUUGCUCCUAAAAUGUCAGUCUGGCUAAGGACUAUAAAAUGGGCAUGUGCUGCCCCCUGCUGACAUGUUAACAAUUAGCAAAAUUAAAAAGGCAGCUACUCAA